AUGAAAUCUGUUAUUGAACGAUACAAUAAGCUAAAAGAGGAACAUCAUCGGCUGCUAGAUCCUGCCUCACAAGUCAAGUUUUGGCAAAGGGAGGCUGCAAGUUUGAGACAGCAGCUGCAGUACGUGCAAGGAUGCAACAGACAACUAAUGGGCCAAGAACUUUCUGGUUUGAGUAUCAAAGAUCUACAAAAUUUUGAAGACAUAUUGGAAAUGAGUUUGAAGGGUAUCCGUAUUAGAAAUGAACAAAUUUUCACUGAAGAAAUAAAAGAACUAAACCAAAAGGGAAACCUUGUCCAUCAAGAAAACCUUGAUUUGCAUAAGAAGGUAGACCUCUUUCGUAAAGAAAAGGCAGAGUUGCAAAAAAAGGUGUACGAAGAAAGAGAAGUAAAUGAAUCAAGAUUAACUUUACAUCGGCCUCUACAUACUGUUAGCAAUGGAUAUGACAUUCAUCCAGCCGUCCAUCUCCAGCUAAGCCAACCUCAGUCUCAAAGCAAGGAAACACAAGCAAAAGCACCGGAAUUGGGGUAUCUUUGUCAAACUGUUGAUAUACUAUAA